AUGAAAGUGAGACAUCGCAACGUGUUCUUCUACCCAGUUGCCGCUCUUCUGCUUCUUAACUCCUUCGGUCAGGAAGGUCUCGCCAUGAAGGCAUGUAAGGACAGAGUUGUGAAAAGGUACUGCGAUAAAGUGUUGAACCUAGGCUCAUGUCAUAUAAAAAAAUUCAAAAGGAUACUGAGCGGACUUUGUCCGAGGACGUGCGGGUACUGUCGGUGA